AAUCCAUUGUCCAGCGCGAGCUCUUGAGGCACCAGUCGGCUCCUCGUGCUGUAACCGCAACCUCUCCUCGCUCUUUAUCUUAGAAAACUUUCACUUCCACAAUGAGGGAAAUUGUGCACAUCCAGGCCGGCCAGUGCGGCAACCAGAUAGGCGCCAAGUUCUGGGAAGUGAUCAGUGACGAGCACGGCAUUGAUCCCACAGGCACUUAUCAUGGAGACAGUGACCUGCAGCUGGAUAGGAUCAGCGUCUACUACAAUGAGGCCACAGGAGGUAAAUAUGUGCCGAGAGCCAUUCUCGUGGAUCUGGAGCCUGGAACUAUGGACUCUGUGAGGUCUGGGCCCUUUGGACAGAUCUUCAGACCUGACAAUUUUGUAUUUGGCCAAAGCGGUGCUGGAAACAACUGGGCCAAAGGUCACUACACAGAAGGAGCCGAGUUGGUGGACUCUGUUCUGGAUGUGGUCCGCAAAGAGUCAGAGAGCUGCGACUGCCUGCAGGGCUUCCAGCUUACCCACUCUCUUGGUGGGGGAACAGGAUCUGGAAUGGGAACCCUGCUGAUCAGCAAGAUCCGUGAGGAGUACCCCGAUCGGAUCAUGAACACCUUCAGUGUGGUGCCUUCCCCCAAGGUUUCAGACACAGUGGUUGAGCCGUACAAUGCUACCCUGUCAGUCCACCAGCUGGUAGAGAACACAGACGAAACUUACUGCAUUGACAACGAGGCCCUGUACGACAUCUGCUUUCGCACCCUGAAACUGACCACACCCACCUACGGUGACCUUAACCACCUGGUGUCCGCCACCAUGAGCGGCGUCACCACCUGCCUGCGAUUCCCCGGCCAGCUCAAUGCCGAUCUCCGCAAACUGGCCGUCAACAUGGUGCCUUUCCCUCGUCUGCACUUCUUCAUGCCUGGUUUUGCUCCCCUCACCAGCAGGGGCAGCCAGCAGUACCGUGCCCUGACAGUUCCAGAGCUCACCCAGCAGGUGUUCGACGCCAAGAACAUGAUGGCUGCUUGCGACCCACGCCACGGCCGCUACCUGACAGUGGCCGCCGUGUUCCGCGGUCGUAUGUCCAUGAAGGAAGUGGACGAGCAGAUGCUAAAUGUGCAAAACAAGAACAGCAGCUACUUCGUCGAGUGGAUCCCCAACAAUGUGAAGACCGCCGUCUGUGACAUCCCACCCCGUGGUCUUAAGAUGGCCGUCACCUUCAUUGGCAACAGCACAGCCAUCCAGGAGCUAUUCAAGCGCAUCUCUGAGCAGUUUACAGCCAUGUUCCGGCGCAAGGCCUUCCUCCAUUGGUACACAGGUGAAGGUAUGGAUGAGAUGGAGUUCACCGAGGCGGAGAGCAACAUGAACGACUUGGUGUCAGAGUACCAGCAGUACCAGGAUGCCACUGCUGAGGAGGAGGGCGAGUUUGAGGAGGAGGCCGAAGAGGAUGCCUGAAGAUGUGAAGUCAAGAAGUCAUUGCCAAAAUGAAACUAUGAAAGGAACAAACUACAAGUAACCAACACCCCCACAUAGACUCAAUAGCAUUACUAGGAAAACUUAACUGUGUUCAAACUUUAGGUUGCAGUAGAAAUCCCCUGUCAUUCAGUACCAAUAAAGUUGACAAACUAAACUAA